CUCCCCAUCCCACAGGAUCAGGAAGUCGCUGUCUCUAUCUUCUCUGACUGCGCCUCCAAGACAGGGCAGUGACAGUGCGGACAGGCACCAUCUCUCAGAAGUUGGCACGGGUCAUGGCGAACGAGGUGUCUUGGAGAUUGGUGCCCCGUGGAGCCGGGAUGGCGGUUUGCCUGGCACUCAGCGUGGUCCUGCAGCUCUCACCGCCGUCCACGGCUCAGAACUGCACGGCGCAGCGUCUCGCCUUCCAGGAGGUUGGCACGCACGCCUUCGGGAGGCUGAACGGUGACGCGGGUUCCAUCGAACCACUCUACGACAUGGUGAAUCGGUACCUGGACGCUGUGCAGCCCAACCCCUUCCCUACAGAUAUAUUUCAAAAUCUGCUGCGCAGUCAGUCUGUCGAGCCUAUAAGGGUGGUGACGUAUCAGGCGGGUUACCUUGUCUCUCUGAUUAUUGGCGUGAUUUAUUUCUUCCUGAUGCCCCUGGUGGGGCUGUUCUUCUGCUGCUGUCGUUGCUGUGGACGGUGCGGGGGUAAAGUGAAGGAACGCACCGAGAAGACAGACUGUCAGCGUAACACACUGGCCGCCUUCCUGUUGGUGACAACUCUCAUUAUCCUGGCAGGAUUGGCCUGCGCGUUCACUGCCAACCAGAAGGUGACCGAGUCCUUGGAGUCGAUCGUGACCGAGAUCAACACCAUUAUUACAAACAUAAUAUCGUUCUUCGAGAACAUUGGCAAGGCUGGCCCUGCCAUUGCUGCCCAGUUCGCUGUCCCUCAGAACCAGGUCCUUGCAGACCUUGACGAACUGAACCAGACGCUCGGAUUCACCGUCCAGGAUGCCCUGGAGCCCAUCGUGUUGCCUGUGUUGGCAUUGCUAUCCGCCAGGGUACAAGAUUUCAGAACGACAACGGGCCAUUUCCUGGCCAUCAACUCCAGCCAGGCCUUGCUGCUCGGGAGUCAGCAGCGACUGUCGAGCGAGUUGCAGAGCCUGCAGCUCGAUAUCAGAGCCACUUUGGAGGACCCGAACUGCCUAGGCUGUAGGGUAUUCCUACCGAGACUGGACGACCUGCAGCCCAAUGUUACCUUCGUCGAGCCGAAUGGAUUUCAGGCCACUCUGCAGAGGAUCACCGGGAUUUCGGAAGAGAAUCUGAACAGCUCCGUGGACGAGGGUAACCGGACAUUCCAUGACAUUCCCGCCAGAGUGACCCUCCAGGCGUCCCAGAAUAUCGCAGACAUCGAGGCGACGAUCCGGAACAUCGGAGCGAAUAUCAGGUCCACCGCCGAGUCGGUCCAGUUCAACGAGUCACUCCGUCCCGUGACGGACAAUCUCCAGUCUACCCAAGUGACCGAGGUCAUCCAGUCGGUCAAGCAGUAUGACCGCUAUAGAUGGAUCGUGGGUAUUGUCCUGUGCUGCAUCAUCCUCCUCAUCAUCGCCUGCAACGCCCUGGGACUUGGCUUCGGGACGGCGGGUAUUGUGACCAGGGACAACCCAUACAGUGCCAAUGGGUGCUCACUGUCAGGAGCCAACUUCCUCAUGGCGGGUGUGGGCUUCAGUUUUAUUUUCUCCUGGUUGCUGAUCCUCCUUGUGUUCAUCACCUUCUUCGUGGGAGGGAACGUUCGGACGUUGGUCUGUAAACCGUGGGAAACAGGAGAGCUCUUCCAGGCUUUCGACACAUUGGCCACCAGCAACAAUGUCUUCAACCUGUCCAGUUUCAUCGACCUGCAAGUAGACAUCUCCGGCCUGUACAGACGCUGUGAGGAAGGUGCCUCACUGUUUGACCUGCUGCCUCAGAGACAGAAGACGGAGGUGAACGACCUGCUGAACGCCAGCACCCACACAGGAGAGUUCGAGCAGAGCGCUGGGCAGCUCAACGUAGAUCUGGGUGACCUGACCGUGCUGGACGACAGGGGGAGACAGGUCCUCCUGGCAUUUGUUAACAGCGGGAUAGUGGACCUCAACUACACGGAGAUCAUUCAGCAGAUUAAUAAACCGGUUAUGACAGACUCCCUCCUCAACCUGGCUGACAACCUCACAGAUCUGGCGUCCAAUCAGGCUGACCCUGAGAUUCAAAGCAAUUUAACAAGGCAGGCUGCAAGACUCCGCGAAAUACAGAACACGACAGUGAGGACAAUAGAAGGGCACCUGGCCCAGUUAAACGCAAGUUUCCAAUAUUUAUCGUCAUUUGCUCCGAUAGUGCAGGAUAGGGUACAGCAGACCCUGGAGAACGUCACAGAAGCAGAGGACAGGAUUCCGAACACCACCCUCUCCGUCAUCAGGAAUGUCACUCAGUGCCUCACCAAUAGACUACAGCAAUACCUCAGCCAGUACCUGAACUGGGUCCGGGACACUAUUAUCAACGACCUGCUGUCUUGCCAGCCAGCUGCAAUCCUCCUCGAUAACGCCCGCAUCAUUUCCUGUGACUACAUCACCGAUCCCUGGAACGCCUUCUGGUUUUGCCUUGGCUGGUGUACCCUGUUCCUCAUUCCGAGUAUCAUCUUUGCGGUGAAAACAGCGAAACACUAUCGCCCCAUCAAGAACAAAAUGGACAGCCCGGAGUUUUCGGAGAUGACCAAUUUCAAAUUCCCGAGGGUGCAGAACGCAUACGGUCCGGCAGGAACUGGUCUGUAAUCCCCUCCGGCCCCUACUCCAUGACUCCCAGCGUUCCCCAGUGGAAUGCCAGGCGGCUUUGGGACCGUGCAGAUUUCCUAACUUUGUACUGCCCCCUUUCUGAAAUCCCUGGAAUGCUGCUCUGUGUUUUUGCUUCAGUUCUGCUGGCCCCUUACUUCCACAGUGUCUGCACUGAUCCCAGCAAAUCCCGCUAUCUCAGGACCCAUUCCGGGAUGGGAUGGCUUCCCCGGCGGUCCUGACACCCCCCACUCAUUCCUGGGAAUUACUGGAUUCCCACUGUUUCUAGCACGGUAAGUCCGGACUCCAGAGUCUCCCCGAGCUCCCUCGGGAAUUACUCCCUGGAUUCCUAUCUGGAAUCGGCCCCCAGGUUCCCACCGAAUCCGUCCCAGCGAGCCCGCUUCCCGUUUUCGCAUCCCGGAUUCCCAUCGAUUCUCUCGGGUUGCGUCCCGGCUUCCCAUCGUCUGGGGGCUGUCCGGAACGGCUUCCGGAUUCCCGCCGACUCUGCCGGAGUGAACCUCAAACUCCCCUCCCCCGCCCCCCCCAACACCCCCCCCCCCCACCCCCGACGAUCCCGCUUCUCCGCAACCAGCUGUCAGAUUUCCCCGGAGCGUGGGCGAGAGAGGAGGAGCCACAGCGUCACCUGCCCGGCGUCCGGCGCGGCCGCUUCCCGGGAGAGUGGGCUCCAUUCCCGCCGCGGGAGUUGGGAUAAGUCUGGAAUGGAGCUCAGUACGUGAGAGAGAGAGCGAGACCCGCCCUGGACUGUCAGACCCAUCCCGGGAAUAGUGCCUCUUUUUCUCCGGGACCUACACCUGACUCCAGACCACAACUCUCCGAAGUGCCAUUGUGAGGGAGAGAGAGGGGGAUACCUCAAUCUGCAUCCUGUUGGGAGAUUCCUACUUAUUUCUCGCACCAACCCCUCGGGUAUUCCCAAAUCCUCUUCCUCCGCGGUUUUGGGAUUAUCGAGGAGUCACCCUCUCACACCCGCGACUGUGUUUCGAACGGUAACUCAUUCCGAUUGUCGGGAAUAAAUCGACUGUGUUUCCCCUUA